CACAGGCGUGAUUAGUAACUCUACAGGUCGCAUAGCUACAGUUAUUGGCUUUUCAAAUGUCACCUGUAAUUUAAAUUAUAUAAAAAUCUAUUUGGAAUAUAUAAAUACAAUCUCUUUCAUCGGCAGCGCGUUUUUAAUAACUAAGAUUAUUUGAUACGGCAUAGUUAAUUUAAUUAAAUACAGAGAAAAUAAGGAAAAUAUCCUUUAUUUUUAAUCAAGUAAUUUAGCAGCUAUUUUUUUGCAGCCAUGUAGAACUAAAGCCAAAACUACCUGAAAAGAAUGGGUCUGAGCUACUAAAAUUCUACUACUCUUUUUUUUCCAUUUUUACUAAUAUAUAUAUAAUCACAGAAGAAAGACCGGUCAUGGCUGCGGUGGUAAGUCUUUUUGACUUGGCCAACUUGGCCAUUGGUAGCCCAGAAGUUGGUGCCGUCAAUUUCAACGCCCUGCACGCCCUCCUGCAUGCAAUUCUGCGCCACCUGAAGAUUGAGGAUGUGACGGCGGAGUGGAGAGACGAGGAGCCCCAGGCACCGUCCCGGCAGCCGCCGCACGUCCGAGAGAAACCCAGCCCCUACCAUCACAUGGAGGACAAGCUGCGGGACAUCGAAAGGCAGAUGGCCGUCCUGAGCCAGCUGCCCACCGGCGCCGACCUCCUCACCCGCUCCGGCCCCGGCAGCACGCCCGUCAGCGACAUGUGGCAGAUGAUGCAGCUCGCCAAGAGGGUGGAAGCGAACUCGGACGGCACCUCCAAGGCGAUGACCCUCAUCCAGGACGUGCUGAAGGAGAUCAACGAGCUGAAGAGCUCUCGAGAUGGCCUGUGGGACGAGACCCGGAGGCUCCGGGUGCAGCUCUCUGAGCUCAAUAUGAAGGAGCUGCUGGACAAGACUGCAGCCCUGGAGAAAUGCUGCCAUCGAGUGGACAACCUGGAGAAAUUGCUACAUGACCUACAAGCCAGGAUGAGCCUGUACCCCGAGGACUUGGACAAGUUCAUCACCUGGGACAUCCUGCAGGCGACCCUGGUGGACGAGCGGGCCCAGCUGCAAGAGCAGCUCAAGGCCCCUCGUUCUAAAGCCCAGACUCCAGAUCAGGCUCCAGGCCAGUUUCAGGUCAUGCUAGGAGCUCCUUCUGCCACCCCUCCCUCUGCCCAAGAAAGCUCCGGCUCUCCAGCCCAGCCUCAGGCUCCGGAGUCCCAGCCAGAGGCGGAGACACCCUUGCCCUUCGCCACCUCCGCCCGGGGGUCGUCGCGGGCCAGCAGCGGGGCGGACCGCUACCCCGAGACGGUGGAGGCCCUGCGCCACGUGGGCCAGCUGAAGGAGCGCCACGACGCCCUGGAGGAGCGGGUGGAGCUGUUGGAGAGGAGCAAGGCCGAGCUCAGCCAGCUGCAGCAGCUGCGGGAGCACCUCGCCGAGCUGGCCAAGAGGGACCUUCCUGACAACCUGCUGGAGCAGCUGAACUGUCUGACGGCCACGGUGGAGAGCCUUUCCACAGACAGGGAGAAGCAGAGGGAGUUUCAGAAGCUCUUUCAGACAUUGGCUGGAGCUUCACCCGGGAAAGGAGAGAAGGCAGAGCAGGGGCAGACUGUGGACGGAGAGAUCAGUUUUCAGAUAUUGUACCUCAGGUCUGCUGUGCAGGACCUAGAGAGAGAGGUAGAGGAGCUCAAAAGAGAGAAGCAGGGGAGCAAGGAGAGAAAAGAACAGCCCAGCACCAGGACAGACAAACAUCUGCAGGAACAGCUAGACAAGCUGAGAGUGACCCUGGAGAGCACGAUCUCUUCGUCCUCCACGUUACUGCAGAGGAGCCUGGCCCAGGAGGAAGAGAGGCAGGGCCAGGGCGCAGAGGAGCUGGGGGGCAGACGGGGGGAUAGGUCCCUAGGGAGCCGGGGGGAGAAGGAGGACACCACCUACCCCUCCUGCUGUGUGGAUGUCAGCAGGAAGGUCAGCCAGCUGUUCCGGCGCUAUGAGGAGCUGCAGGGGCUGGUCAGCAGUCAUCUGAGCAGACAGGGAGACAGGGUCAGGACAGGGCCUCUGAGCCAGAACUCGGAGGUGAUAACUCAAGUGCAGCACGCCAUCCUGCAGCUCCAGGCGGAGUGCGAGAAGCUGAGCAGCACCGCCAGCCACCUCCUGCAGGAGCACGGCCAGAAACAGCAGGACAUCGCUCACUUGUACAAGUCCAUGGAGAUUCUAGAAGAAAAGAAAGCUGACAAAGAUCGCGUGGAGAUGGACAUUGAUGUUAAAGCAGACAAGAGGGCCCUGGAGUUGAAGGUGAGCCGACUGCAGUUUGACACCACGACCGAACAGCUGAACAACAUGUUCCAGGAGUUAUUGAACAAGAUCUCUGGGCAGGAGCAGGACUGGCAGAGGGUGAUCGAGAAGAUCUCUGCUGAGAUGGAUUGCAAGCUGGACCGCAUUGAGUUGGAGCCUCUGAAAAGGCAGCUGGAGGACCGCUGGAAGGCAAUCCGCAAACAGCUGCAGGAGCAGCCCACCCCCCAGUAUGAGCUGGACGACGCUGCUGGUAUAAGGAAGCAGCUUGUGGCUCGAUUCCACUGUAUUUCCUGUGACAGACCAGUGGACAUGUUGACUCCUGGACCGCACGUCGUGACCAUGCCCUCGGUGCCCAGCCUGCCCUUGCACAAGUCCAGCCGGCCCUACACCGUGUAUGAGCUGGAGCAGGUGCGCCAGCACUGCCGGAGCCUGAAGCCAGGGAGCAAUCAGAUCCACUUCGAGAUGGCAGCGUCAGAGAAAAGGAUGGUUCACACGAGGCAGCUCCACACCCUGCUGUGCCGUCAGAUAGAUAGGGUCCAGAGCCAGUUCAGGGGGUCAGAGAGAGUGUCGAGCCAGGGCUACAGGGAGCACAGCCAGAUGCGCUGCACUACAGCUACAGGGCUGCCGCACAGAGCCAGCGACAGUGUCCCCAGGCACGAGCGGAUCCCGGAGCUCUCCGACUACGGCUACCUGGCUGUGUCUCGGAGCUGUGGGGGCAGCCACACGCUCACCUUUCCCAGCCGGCGCUACACCCGCCUGCAGCACAUCGCCCACUUUAUCCAGGCGGAGGAGGAGGCCCAGCCGGCCCCGAUACUACGCCACCAGCCAGAGGAGGUGGACAUCCUAGGACUGGAUGGACACAUCUACAAAGGUCGUCUGGACACCAGGGUCACCUCUCGAACAGAGGCCAAGCUUCCUACCAUCUCCUUAAAAGACAGCAGCAACAGGAACAAAGACAGGGCUACCCGGUCACUGCCCCAAAAGCCCAGCACCCCCGAGAUGAGCACUGGAGCCCCUUCCCGCCCCCAGAGUGCCAAGACCCAGCGCAGCCGCUCAGCCUCUGCGCGGUCAUUCAGGGAUCGGCCCAUGUCCUCAUUAGGCCGCCUGUCCCAGACCACCAUUGUCCAGCACCCAACGCAGUCCACCAGUGAGAGGCAGGGGACCUUGGAGAUCCGUAUGGACCUCAACCAAUCAGCAGAGGAGGAGCCAUUGACAACAGUGUGAUUGAUAGAAGUGAGGAGCCCCACUACACAGCAAAGUUUUUUUUAACCUUUAAAAUAAAUAUGUUGGCAUGACAGUACGAUGGA